UUCUCUUGGUGAAUCUAUUUUUUUAGAAUAUAUUUCAGUUGCAUAGCAUCUUUUCUCUGGGAAUGAUGUCUGCCUUGCUGUCGUUAUCUCUAUUAGCAUUGGUGCUUAGCCAUAAUUCAUUCGCACAGCUCUUGGAUGAAAGGUGCCAGAAGGGUAUUGAAUCGCAAAAUUUCAACACACCAUGGAUGGCAAGCGUUUACAAUGGAAAUGAAUUUAUUUGCGCUGGAACGCUGGUGCACAAACUGUUUGUCCUAACGGCUGCCACUUGCAUAAAAGAAAGGAGUCAACUGUUUGUGCGUUUGGGGGAGUUCUGCGCCACAUCGCAAUGCAACAACAUUGAACAAUAUGGUGUGGCGAUUGCUAUUCAACAUCGGGAUUUCGUGCCCAUCGAAAACACGAACGAUAUAGGUCUGCUGAGACUCCGGGGUGAAGUGGUUUACAAUGCGCACAUUCGGCCGAUAUGCAUAAUCUUGGAUGACGUCAUUACUUCAGCGCCAAUCCCAAAAUUCAUUGCCUUUGGCGAGCAUGAAAAUCAUGUACAGCAAACCAUAUUCCUGACCCAUAGGAAAUCGUUCGAGUGCUACCGAAAUGGUAAGAUUUUACAUAAUAAGCAGAUCUGCACCGGAUCUGUAGCCACCCCUUGUAUGGGAAACACCGGUGGUCCGCUUGUGGCGUAUUUCAAUUACGGCGGAGAAAAACUCACCGUACAGUUUGGGAUCGUGAAGAACGGCAGUGAGUUGUGCAACUCGGAAAGCAUUCACACAGAUGUUUCGGCCUACAAAGAGUGGAUUUAUAAUACUGUGCGCAACUACGAAACCGAAGGCGAUCGUGUUUUGUACGAGGAGUGCAGCAGCAAUUGGACUGCCGAUGUUAUUGUUCGCCUAUGGGAGGUUUCUCUAUUUGAGAAUACCUUCUCUGGAGCGCUAAUCACAAACCAAUUUGUCAUGACUGUUGCAAGUGCCUUUCUCACAGCUUUCACUCCGAUAAAGGUGGAAACAAAAUAUCAUGAACGCUUUGACGUUGAAUCGAUUUACAAGCAUCCACAGUUCAAAUAUUCAUUAGAAUCAAUAGAGAACAACAUUGCCUUGCUCAAACUAACUCAGAAGGUGCCAAACUCAGAUCUUGUAAAACCCAUCUGCAUUGUCCUGAACCCUACAACUCCAAGAACGUUGACUGCUCUCGUCGAUGUGAUCACGGAAGAUUUUAUGGGCGUUAAAAAACUAACUUUGAGCCUCAUUGAUCAUUCUAUUUGCGCCCAAAAGAUUGGAGUACCAUUAGAACCUAGUCAAUUUUGUGUCGAGAAACCCCUCGAUUUGAAUAACGAAAAUCCUGGCUCAAUAUUGGGUCUAUUUAGAAAUAUCAGCGGUAUCGGGAGGUACCUUCUCUUUAGCAUUAAAAACUUUGAAAGAGCUGGAUUAAUUGUUUAUACAAAUAUACAAAGUUACGGAAAUUGGAUAGUGAAUACAGUCAAUGAUGAUUAGAAUUACUGUUGUUCAAUGGAAAUAUGAAGUUUGUAAUAUAGAAGAAAUAAAUGAAGAAACUAAACCAUAAAAACAUAUACAGGAUAUUCAGCUUUAAAACUUAUCUUUAAGAAUGUUAUCUAUGUAUUUUCGAGUGGACAAAAUAAAAAUA